AUGGAUAUCAGGCUGAUGGGUUUCGACAACCCCAUCUUCCACACCCUCCAACACAUGAUGGACGGCGCCGACGCCGACGUCGACAAGUCCAGCGGCCCUACACGCGCCUAUGUCCGUGACGCGAAAGCAAUGGCAGCAACACCGGCAGACGUGAUAGAGUAUCCCAAGUCCUAUGCCUUCAUAAUUGACAUGCCCGGGUUGAAGAGUGGGGACAUCAAGGUUCAGGUUGAGGACGACAACGUGUUGGUUAUCAGUGGAGAGAGAAAGAGGGAGGAGGAUAAAGAAGGCUCAAAGUUUGUGAGGAUGGAGAGGAGGAUUGGAAAGUUCAUGAGGAAGUUUGUGCUGCCUGAGAAUGCUAACACUGACGCCAUCUCUGCGGUUUGUCAGGAUGGUGUGUUGAAUGUUACUGUUGAGAAGUUGCCUCCUCCGGAGCCCAAGAAGCCCAAGACCAUUGAGGUCAAGAUCGCUUGA